AUGGUCAAAUCUAAGAAGAACCAGGUUCUCGAAUUGGACUUUGAUAAGCUUGAAAAGCUUGAGAAACUUGGUCCCGUCCCCAAGUCCAGAUCCUCAUCCAUCACUUCCAUUGAAAGUGAAGAUGGUUCCAUGAAGGAGAUUUUGAAACCUCCUCCAAGAAAAGAUUUCGAUGAUAUUAUCGCUUUUGAGUCGUACAUUCGUGACGAAACUUGGGAUAAUGAUUUUGAUUACUGCCACGCUCAUUUAUCCUACUACCCUCCUUUCAUUAUGAAGGAGAUCAAGGGCAAUUUGGAGAAGAUUAAGCCCACCAUGAAUAAAAACUCCAGAAAGUUUAGACGCAAUUUGCAGCACCACAUUAAGCGCCAUUUGAUGUCUGAAAUGGAAAGGUGUUCUGGCUUCCAGAUGGACUUUGGUAAGGCUGUGAUGCAAGAGUCGCCAAAGAACAUUGUUUGGACAUUCAAGGAUGAAGGCCACCACGGCUUCACUGAAGAGGAAGAAGACUUGUAUGAUAGGCACUGGAAAUUGGAGUUGGAGGUCAAGUGUAACAACGAGACCCCAAUGGUUGAGGUUGACUAUAAGGCCAUCCCAUUGUAA